UAUUGUCUGGGUGGAAGGUAUAUAUAGCCCGGACCCAGAGAUUUGGAGCUAGGAUUGGGCUGGGGAGCACUGGAGAGUACUUGUGUGCAGCCGAAGUGACCAGGGACUUCAACUAUGGAAGGGGUAGGUUCCUUUCCUCAGAAAGGGGAAAUUCCGAUAAUAGCCGAGACAAGGACGAUCCGCCGUGAGUCUAACCAGAGAUGUAGACUAGCAGGCCUGAUUGUGACAGUUGCGCUCGUCCUUGCAAUGGUUGUGACAGGCGCAAUCUUCACUCUCCACUUCAGUCACUCAGCAACGGUGGAUACCCUAAAGGAAUUCUCUCUUCGCGUCAGGGAAGGCGAUCGUAUCGUUGAGGAGAAAGUUGAGAUCAGCACGACGAAAAAGUUGCAGAAGGUCCAUGCACCUCCAGCCCCGGAGAGAAACCAGAGAGCAAUGACACUCCUCCAUGAUUAUAACCUGAAAAAGACGGCGAUUCGUUUCGCAGACGAUGACGCUUGCUACAUUCGCGACAUGAAACCGCAGACGACAAGUGUAAUUUUAGAGGAAGUGAAGGAUAGAUUCGAAAACACAAAGGGGGAGCCACCAGUGGUGUCUGCCGUGUAUAAUGAAUAUUUUGUCGCUCUUGAUGUCCCUGUGGUAGAUGACAAUCUCAGUGAAGCUGUGAUGGAAUUUUGCGGCAACCGCAGAAUACAAUUAUUAUCAAGGAUACCUCAAGAAAAUAGCACAGUUGAAGAAAACCAAGAAGACGUGGUUAAAAGUCGUGAGCGCCGUCAGUUGCUGGGGUUUCCCCCUCGAGGACUGCCUCAUAUGCCACCCCCUCACGGUCCUUUCCCACCAUUCGGAGUCCGAAAUCCUUACGGUCCCCCUAGGCCAGUCCAUCCCUUCCAGAGAGGUCUUCCGAUGCCAAACCCUUACCGACCUCAUGUCCCCGGUGUAUUCCCAGGCAUGCCCGGUUUUGUUGUUCCUCCUCCUGGGAUCCCUUACGGACAUCGCCUCCCUUCCGGUCCUGUUGGAUCUGCAAAACCAGGGAAAGGGGACAAAAAGGACGACAAGGGCAUUCUGCCCAAGAAACCAAAGAAAAAUAAGGGAGGGAAAGAAAAAAAGGACCCUUACGUCCCCCUUGAUCCAGGACACGUAGUUGGAAUUGGUCCAGUCGACCCUUACGUUCCUCUUCCUCCAAAAGACCCAGAGCUCAAACCCGGCAAAAAGGGGAAAGGGAACAAGAAGAACAAGGACAAGAAAAACAAGAAGGACAAGAAGAAUAAGAAGAACAAGAAGAAUAAAAAGAAUGGCAAUAAGAAGUGUUUCAAACAGAAAGCGUGCAAACUGAAGGAGGGAUGUGAAGUAAAAACUGAGAAAUAUUGCGCUCAGUACGAUCUCGGACACCGGGGGCCAUGGGGUUUCUUUUUCGGCAUUCCUCGACAAAUCGGCAAUCCAACUUGUAUUAAGUGGGAUUUCAGAGAGGUUAAAGACUGCGUCAAUGUUAAGGAAUGCGAAAAGCUCUGUACAUAGAGAUUGGUUCUUAUUUUGGUGUCUUUAUAAUAUCGUGGACAUUUUUUUUUAAUUUGCCGAAACAAUUAAAUAAAAAACAAAUUUAUUGUACGUGUACUUUUGGCCCCUUUUAUUCAGUUUGCCUCUUUUUGUAAACGAAGUAAGCAAGGUUGUUUUACACAGGUUAGAUACCAAUAAGAUAUUUAUGCAUAAAUUCUUAUUGUAUUUUAGAACGUUUACUUGAGUUUAUCGAUGCAUUUACACAUACAUUCAAUCUGGCUAAAUCUCGCUGAAUAUCUUUCUCUGCUGGAUCAAUUCAAAUAUCUAUUAUAAAAAGGCAUCCAUGUCAGGGAUACAUUUAAAUCACCUGUCAUCUGGCUACGACAUUUAGA